UAAAAAAUGAAUUUUAUAUAAAGAAUAGGUUAUCGUUAUGGAUAAAGCAAUAUCUCAAAACUUGAGUAAAUAGGAUUAAGUCAUACAAAAAGUAUCAACUUAUCUAGACCUCCAAGGUAACAAUGAUAUUAUUAAGAAUCAGAAAUUUCAAUCCUGGACAAUAAGCACCUAUUGCUUAUAAUGAGCAAUUCGGUUACCCAAAAGAUUAUAGACCUUGGACAGUUAAUUAUAAGUAUAAAAUAGUAUUAAAUAAUGAUAGAAAAGAUGGUCUAUUUUGGUUAGCUAUGGGUAUUUCCUGGUUUGCAUAUUUCUCUUAUGAGUUAGCUUACUUGAGAAGAACAGAGUAAGAAGAAAGACCAAACAAAGAUUAUUAUGCUUCUUGAUGAAGUUAAAUAUAUAUACAUAGACAUAAUA